UGAACGGAUUGGGUUUGAUUUUUCCUCCUCUGCUCAUACUGAUGCCCAUCGGUCUGGACCACUAGCUCAAUGAAAGCCCAGGAGGUUACCGAUGGCCGGAGGACCCAUACAACAAAGAUAGCGGUAACGGCGAUGUCGGCAAUGGCGGCGGAAACGGCGACGUUUCCGGUUGACCUCAUCAAGACGAGGCUUCAACUCCAUGGUGAAUCUCUCUCCUCGUCUCGACGGACAUCAGCCGUUCGAUUAGUGUUAGAGAUCUUACGGAACGACGGCAUUUUAGGACUAUACAAGGGAUUGCCACCGGCAAUUAUAAGGCAUAUGUUUUACACUCCAAUUCGAAUCGUAAAUUAUGAAUUUAUGAGGAACUUUUUGGUUCCUGCCGAUCAUACUCUUUCUCUGUCAAGCAAAGCCAUUAUUGGUGGAAUAUCUGGUGUUAUUGCUCAGGUUGUGGCAAGCCCAGCUGAUCUUGUCAAAGUUAGGAUGCAAGCAGACAGUAGAAUGGUAAGUCAGGGUCUGCAACCUCUAUAUUGCGGGUCAUUUGAUGCUUUCAACAAGAUUAUUCGAACUGAAGGCGUUGGAGGACUUUGGAAAGGUGUGCUCCCAAAUGUCCAGAGAGCUUUUUUAGUUAACAUGGGAGAACUGGCGUGCUAUGAUCAUGCAAAGCGCUUUGUGAUCAAUAACAACAUAGCAAAUGAUAAUAUAUAUGCACACACUUUAUCAUCUAUAAUGUCAGGCCUGUCAGCAACUACAUUGAGCUGUCCAGUAGAUGUAAUUAAGACAAGAAUGAUGAAUCAGGCUGCUGAUAAGCAAGGAAAUUGUAAAUAUAAAAACUCCUACGAUUGUCUUGUCAAAACUGUUAAAGUUGAAGGACUCAAAGCAUUGUGGAAGGGAUUCUUUCCUACAUGGGCUAGGCUUGGCCCUUGGCAAUUUGUAUUCUGGGUAUCAUAUGAGAAAUUCCGACAAAUUGCUGGUCUCUCUUCAUUCUAACCAAUUCAUCAUGCUGUGUGCUAAUAUCAAACGGUGGAGCAGGUCAGGUUUUCAUUUUUUCCCUUUGGAUUGAUCUUGAGUUAUGUGUGUUGUAUCUUAGUGUGUGUUUGAGAAGCCAAGUAGGCCUCUUUAUCCCUUUUGUAGGAAAACUGGGGAGACAGUUUUCUACUUGGAAUUAUUCAGUAUUGGCUAAACGCUCGCGUUUUCUCUA